UCUCUCGCUCCUCUCUCCUAUCUCUCUCUCUCUACAGUGCGUCUGCGUGUGGAGCGGUUGUCUCUAAUAGAGGAGUGUAUCUCCCAGUGUUCUAAGGCCUACAAGCAAUCAGCCUUGCUUCUGGACCUGGCCACACUACUAAGAGUCGCAGGUGGUGAUGAGUGGAGGCGGAGGGGUCAGGUGUUAACCCUGCUAGCUGAACAGGCUCUUCAGGCGCUGGACUUCAAGACCUCCUACAUACACUGUCAGGACCUCAUGGCCUCAGGUUAUGGUGAUGGUUGGGAAGUGUGUAGCCUGCUUGGACAGUGUGAGGGGUACUUGGACCUCAGGGCUCGCCAGGAGCUGCUGGCCUUCUCUCUGACACACUGCCCCCCCGCCAGCAUCCACCCCCUCCUGGCUGCCUCCAGCGACCUACAGACACAGGUGUUGUACCAGGCAGUUAACUAUCAGAUGGAGCCCCCUGAAACUGGAUGUGUCGGGGACGAGACUGACUCAAUACAGUCCGCUGGUCCUCACAGCUCUGUUUCACCAGUGGGGGGCGCUGCAGGGGACCUGCUCCAUCGUACCACCAAUAGAACCAUAGAGGUCCUGGCCAGUACUGGCCUGACCACGAAGGCUGUUCUGACUGCCGUCAGCGACCACACAUGGUGGAAGAACCAGCUCAACUACCUCCGACCACUACAUGGCCAGAGUGGAGGCUCCAGGGCUGUAGGAGGUGAAGAGAACAGUGGUCUGGAGAGACAGGGUGUUAACCCCUUCUACCAGGGACUGUUUGAUGACCCGUAUGUAGACCAGAGUGAAGAUGUGUAUGGGUCUUAUGAUGCCGUGCCUCAGGAGCAGUUUGCUGAGGUUCUACUGCGGACUGGGAAGCUGGCCGAGACCAAGACAGAGGGACAGACCCUGUUCCCUACCACAGAGGUACUGCUGCAGCUGGCCAGUGAUGCCUUUCCCAGGGAUAUGACGCUUGCUCUGGCCUAUCUACUGGCCCUGCCACAGGUCCUGGAUGCUAACAGAUGUUUUGAGAAGCAGUCCCACUCGGCCCUGUCCCUGCAGCUAGCAGCUUACUACUAUAGUCUACAGAUCUACAACCACCUGGUCCCAUGCCUCAAGAACCACAGACACCCCCUCUACAGGGCCGACCCCAAAGAGCUGAUCCGAUUGGUCACCCAGCACGUGACGGCCCAUUCUGAUUGGCCAGCGGACGUGGAGGAGUUGAUUGGCCAGCUGCAGGUGUAUAACGACCGUCUGACAGACCUGACGCAGGCCCAGGUGUUGCAGGGGCUGGGACGGGGGGUGGACGUGCAACGAUUCAGCUCCGACACAGACUACAAGAAACACACCAUACUGGGUCUGGCUGAGACCCUGGAUGACAGUGUGUGGAGGAUCAGUCUGUCUCUGGCCCUGCGCUACAGCAUCCCCCUCUGGGACAUCUAUAUGACACACCUGGAAUACCUCUUCACUGACAGCGGCCUCUCUACCAAGGACAUCGAGGGUCGUGUGGACACCCUGGCUCUAUUUGACAUUCUGAAGUCAGAACCUGAACCUUUCUACAUUCACAUGUCUAAAUACGUGUUGAGGAGCGUGGAAGGGACAGACCUGGCCAGGCUGUUGUAUUAUUAUACUCUGUUGGAGGCGUGUGGUUGUGGAUCGUACUCCUCUUCUGUCAUCACCCCUGACACUCACAUCAAACUGCUCAAGAAGCUACGCGCCGUCACUAACGGGCUGGACUACCGUAAGAUGACAGACGAGGUGUCGGACCCCCUGGCCGCUCUGGAACCUGUUCUAACCAGUCAGAACGUCCUGUCCAUCUCCAAACUGGCCAAUCGGCUCCCUCGCCCAGGAGGGGGUGUGGUCUCGGCUAGCGCAGUGCACGCAACUUGGCUGGGGAAGCUGUUCUGGAGGGGAGACCCACAGGUUUUAAAGAGACCCCCCCAGACAGAACAGGACUACCUCCACGCGUACGACACCUGCGCCAAAUACCUGGACAGACUGCUUCCUGCUGACGCUGUACACUUCCUGGAUGACAUAACGUUCUCCCCGCUUGCAGCCAAUCAGCUGAGUGUGAGUGUGCGGGUGGAGGUAAUGAAGAGGGGGAUGAAGGCUAUGCGGCAGCUCGGAGAGAGGAGUAAGAAGAGGGGCGGAGACGACGGGGAGUCAGACAGAAGCGCCGCCUCCAGCUUUGACCACGCCCUCUCCCACCUGCAGCAGUCCUUGGCUCAUCUGGACACGCUAAGCCACUCCUUCAUCCUGUCACUCAAGGACAGCAACCAGGAGCGGUUGCAGAGCUACAGUCGUACCUAUGAUCUCUCCCGUUCUGAACGGUCCAAGGUCCAGGCCCUGGCUGUCACCAUGGCGACAGACGGACAGUCACUGGAGCGAAUCGGAGAGAUGCUGGGCGUCGCUGUGGGCAACCUGGACUUGUCAAUCAAAACUGUUCUGCAGGUGGCUGUGGAGAAAGUAGUCUCUGCCCUCAGUGGAGACAAGGAGGUGGUGAAUGAUUACCCAGAACCCCUCAUGGUGUUGGAGAGGAUGGUCACCGCCGUGCACAACCAUGUCCUGAGUGGUGACUCUGUGGUCAGUUCUGAUGACCUGUUGGCGUGGUUACGACCGUUCUGCAGCGAUGGUUCUUUAGCGGUGCGACCACGCAUCGAGGUUCUUCAGAUUCUGGAGAAUAACUUCAGCCUUAGGGACAGUGACGUUCACCUGCUAAUACUCUACAGGACCCAAGCUGUACUGAAGGACUUACAGGUGGAGAUGGAUGACAUAGAGAAUGAGGAGAAGAGGUAUUGUCUCUUCCUCCAGCUGCUAGGCGACAGCAGGAAGUGGGAGGAGUUUCAGCAGCUGAUGCUCCUCCUCCAGGCGUGGCCUCCUAUGAUGAAACAGGAAGUUGCUCAGUGUGAGCGUAACCCCUGGGUGGUGUUGACCUCUAGCCUAAUAGAACGCUGCGGAGGUCAUGGGUCGGAGGUCAGACUGGACCUGGGUCAAGAGGUCAUGAACAUGGUCCGCUCCCUCUACCCCUCCAAACACAAGUUACAUGCACAGUGUAUCAGACACAUAUCCUCUCUGCUCCUGGAUCAACCAGGUCUACAGCUCCCAGCUCUCAAACUGAUGACCGAGAGUAAAGACCCCCAGCUGAUAGAGCUGUCCCUGGAUCAGAUCAAUAACAUCACCGAGGUGUGUGACUCUACCUGCGACCCAGAGUUCCUGUCUCUCCUGCUAGAUGCUGGUCUCCUGGUGGGGUGUGUGUCCUCCCCCCUCUACCCCCGUCUCAGCGCCCACCUGCUCUCCAGACACCAGGAGGGGGGUUGGGACGUGGAGAAGGCUGCGUCAGAGCUGCUCCGGGCUGGGUACCAAGCUCAGGCCGGCUCCCUGCUUCUGGCCUACCGUGGAACUCACCCGGGCCUCAGCACAUUUAAUACAGCUCUCACUGUCAUCAAGAAGUGGCUCUGAAGAAGACACACACACACACACACACACACACACACACACACUCUUAUUGAAGCUAGAUCAUUAAGCACGCCCCUGUUAUUUUGUUACUAAUGUUAUCUGUUCAUUAAUUUCCUAGAAACUAAUUGGCCCUGAAGGCCCCACACUGAGUGGCUCGUUGUGCGGAACGUACGUGUACCAACACUCACUCCAGCGCUGUAAUUGGCUAAUAGGGUGUUUGUUGUUGUUGUUGUUUUUGCAUGUCGUUAGUGGAAGCCCUGUUCUGCUGCUUUACGAUUGGCUGUCCAGUGUUCUGAUACACAAUACAUGUUAUUUAACCUGGAAUAAACACAAAUAAAUCAUUAAAUCCAUAUUCAUCAAAUAAAUACUAAUUGUAGUCCUACUAUUUAUUGAGUUGGAAGGUAUUUGUGGUGAUUUGAAAUAGAUAAUCACUGUCUAAUUAGCUGAUUUUCCUGGUUGUGUUCAGUGCUUAUCUUUUCCAUUCUAUUUUUGAGGUCUGGAAAACAUCCGAAACUUUUCCUCUGGAAACAGCUUGAGCUGUCUGCACGCCCCUGUUAAAAUGCCAGGUUUUUGUGAUGUAAAAGAUUGAGACAACGAUAAAUCAUGUCAGAACUGUU